ACCUUUAUUGUGGGUCAGCACAUGGUCUCAUUUGGUUGCCACUCUUUUUAUAACUAGAGGUAGAGAGAAGUGUGAGCACUGACUUUUCCCCUCCCCUUCCUCUCAGCGGUUCUAUACUUAGCGGCUGUAAUGAGCUUAAUCCGAAGAAUUAGUUGGGCUGAGCGCAUCUCACAGUCAGUGCUGUCUCUUGAGCCCCGAAGAGGUUCUCCUUUGGUGUGAGGCCGGUCCUGUUGGAAAGCCUCGGUUCUAAAAACUCCGGCAGGAUGGGGUCUGAAAACCCAAGUCCGCAGAACCCCAGUUGUAAAAUCAUGACUUUCCGCCCGACGCUGGAGGAAUUUCGUGAUUUUGGCAAGUACAUCGCUUAUAUUGAAUCCCAGGGAGCUCACAGAGCUGGACUGGCAAAGGUGAUUCCUCCAAAGGAGUGGAAGCCACGCAAGACCUAUGACGAUAUUGACAACAUGGUCAUUCCUGCUCCCAUUCAGCAAGUAGUGACUGGACAGUCAGGCCUCUUUACUCAGUACAAUAUUCAGAAGAAACCCAUGCUGGUUGGAGACUAUCGUCGCUUGGCCAACAGCGAGAAGUACUGUACCCCUCGGCAUCAAGAUUUUGAUGACCUGGAACGCAAAUACUGGAAGAACCUGACCUUUGUGUCUCCCAUUUAUGGGGCUGAUAUCAGUGGUUCCCUAUAUGAUGCUAAUGUGGACGAGUGGAACAUUGGGAAUCUGAACACUCUCCUGGACAUGGUGGAGCAUCAGUGUGGAAUCAUCAUAGAAGGCGUGAACACCCCCUACCUCUACUUUGGGAUGUGGAAGACCACAUUUGCAUGGCAUACAGAGGACAUGGAUCUCUACAGCAUCAACUACCUACAUUUUGGAGAACCCAAAUCUUGGUAUGCAAUACCUCCAGAACAUGGCAAGCGGCUGGAAAGACUGGCAAAAGGGUUCUUCCCUGGCAGCUCGCAGGGGUGUGACGCCUUCCUCCGGCACAAAAUGACUCUGAUUUCACCCUCCAUUUUGAAGAAAUACAGCAUCCCCUUUGACCGGAUCACUCAGGAAGCUGGAGAGUUCAUGAUCACUUUUCCUUACGGAUACCAUGCGGGAUUCAACCAUGGUUUCAACUGUGCAGAAUCUACCAACUUUGCCACGCUGCGCUGGAUUGACUAUGGGAAGAUGGCCACCCAAUGUACAUGCCGGAAAGACACAGUGAAGAUCUCUAUGGAUGUCUUUGUGAGGGUCCUCCAACCUGAGCGGUAUGACUUAUGGAAGCAAGGGAAAGACAUCGCCCCCUUGGAUCACAUGAAACCCACAGCAUUAACCAGCCCAGAACUGGAGGCCUGGAAUCAGACAAAGGAUGCCUUGAAAGCAAAGAUGCUCCGCAGGGCAAAGAGGAAACGGAGCCAACCCCGAAGGCAUAAGACACAGGACCAGAAAUCCCUCGGGGAUGCCAUGGCCUCAGAAGCGGCCUUGGAUGAGAGCAAGGAGAAAGAGGGCCAAAGGAGGCUUCCAGGCUUAGAGGAGGAGGAAAAACACAAAGCGUCAGAAAGCAAAGAAGGAGACUGCAAACCGAAGGUCCGUGUCCCGAAAGUCAAAGGGGAGAGAAAGAAGAAGCAGCCGCACCCCCACCCCUACCCCUUGGCACCAUCUUCUCAGCUCCCCUUGCAUCAGCUUCUGCCCCCGCUCUUGCUGCCACAACUGCCAGUGGAAGAGGAUGAGGCCAAAGGGAAUCCCCUCAAGUCUGCCUCUGGGGAAGGUGACAUCCCCCCAAUGCCUGCCCUCAACACCUUGUCCUCAGAAACCCCUGGCGAGGAGGAUGAGUCGAAGCAGAGGCCCAUCAUCCCAAUGCUCUACGUUGUCCCCCGGCGCAAAAAGACCCCUUCAGAGAAGAGGAGGGUCUCCUGCCAGGAGGUGUUUGAGCGGUUUGUCACAAAGGACCCGAUGCCCUCCUUGGAUCUUCAGAAAGAGGAGGAGGAGGAGAAUGCUGAAGUGCUCCCGGAGCCCAACAAAUUGCAGACAACUUCUACUUUCUCCAAACUGAAGAUGGAGAUCAAGAAAAGCCGCCGUCACCCACUAGGCAAGCCACCCACCCGAUCUCCCUUGUCUGUGGUGAAACAGGAAGCCUCAAGUGAUGAAGAAACCCUCCCAUUCUCUGGAGAAGAAGAUGUUGGUGAUCCUGAGCUCCUGAAGUCCUUGCUUUCCCUCCAGUGGAAAAACAAACCCCCCAACUUUGUAGCAGAGAGGAGAUUCAAUGCUGCAGCAGCACUGAGUGAGCCAUACUGUGCCAUCUGCACCCUCUUCUACCCCUAUAAUCAGGCCUCACAGAUGGAAAAAGAAGCAGCCCCACUUCCAUCAGGUGAAAGCACCUCACUCCAACCACCUUUGAAGAGCAGCCGGAAGACCAAGCCCCUGAUCCCAGAGAUGUGCUUCACCUCAAGUGGUGAAAACACAGAGCCCUUGCCUUCCAACUCCUACAUCGGCGAGGACGGAAGCAGCCUGCUUAUCUCCUGCGCCAGGUGCUGCCUGCAAGUCCAUGCCAGUUGCUACGGAAUACGCCCCGACCUUGUGAAUGAAGGCUGGACUUGUUCUCGGUGCUCAGCCAAUGCAUUGGUAGCGGAUUGCUGUCUCUGUAAUCUCAGGGGAGGAGCCCUGGAAAAGACCACCGAUGGCAGGUGGGUCCAUGUGAUCUGUGCAAUUGCGGUCCCAGAAGCCCGCUUCGUCAACGUCAUCGAGCGUCACCCAGUCGACAUCACUGCCAUCCUGGAGCAAAGGUGGAAACUGAAAUGUGUGUACUGUCGGAAGUGGAUGAGGAAGGUGUCAGGCGCUUGCAUCCAAUGCUCCUAUGAGCACUGCUCAACCUCCUUCCAUGUCACCUGUGCCCACGCAGCAGGCGUGCCCAUUGAGCCAGACGACUGGCCUUACGUCGUGUCCAUCACCUGCUUCAAACACAAAGCAGCCAGCCACAUUAUUCCAUUUUCCAGGGAGGUGUCCCUGGGCCAGACGGUGAUCACAAAGAAUCGGAAUGGCCUCUACUACCGGUGUAAAGUGAUUGGUGUGACAACACAGACCUUCUACGAAGUCAAUUUUGAAGAUGGUUCUUACAGUGACAAUAUUUACCCAGAAAACAUUGUUAGCAGAGACUGUCUCAAGAUGGGACCACCUGCAGAGGGCGAGUUGGUUCGGCUGCACUUGACUGAUGGCAUUGCUUACCAGGCCAAGUUCAUCGCCGCCCAUAUCAGUCAGAUCUUUCAGGUAGAGUUUGAAGAUGGCGCUCAGCUGAUGGUCAAACGCGGCGAGAUUUACACUCUGGAGGAAGAGCUUCCCAAGAGAGUCAAGUCACGCCUGUCGCUCAGCACCGGGGCUCCUCAGGAAGAAACCGUCUCAGGCGACGACUCGAAAGCGGCCAAGCGGCCCCGGGUGGGCACUGCCAAGAGCCCGGAAGAGAGCGGGCCCAACCCCGACUACUUCACCAUCAUGGAAACCCUCCUCCAGCCCCCGUUUCAGCCAAGCACACAGACCAGCACUCCUUUCUGAAAGCAGGACGAACGAUGCUUUAAUUUAAACAAAAAGAGCAACUCCCUUUUUAUUAAAAAAUAAUAAUAAUAAUAACAAAAAGGAAAAGAUUUCUUUCACACACCCCUGCGGAAAAUAAUUUAAGGUGAAAACUGCGGAGCGGGAGACCCAGCCCUGGUGCAAUAAUAAUAAUAAUAAUGUGCAGACUUAAUUCCUUUCUUCUGUUCUCGGUUUGGACUUUUGGAGAAGUUUUCCUGUUCUGGCCUACCUCUGUUCUUCCUGCUGAUACAUUUUUGGCGUGGAUGAAAUCUUUGGAAGGGAGAGCGCACCCUUCUCCAUAGAAACGUCAGAAGAAUAUGUACAAAAGGACCUGUUGGCAGAUGAACUUCCCAUGUUUUGCUGGUUUGGUUUUUUUUACCCCAUUGGUAAAACCUUCAAGAAGUCAAGAAGUGUUCCAAACGUACAACAAUGACUCCAGUUUUUAAAUCACAGCCAUUUCCCCCCCCCUCUCUCUCUUCCCCCAUGCAUUAAAUAUAUAAAUAUA